AUGAGAUGCUGUAAGGUACGCCACUCGCGAGACAGGAUUGUGCCUAAGCGAGCCGGCUGUGUUCGCAGCGCAUGUGCCCAACAAGAAGGCCCGGGGAGCUCGAGUCUCUCUUUCCUCCAUGCCACUUCCAUCCUUCGUCACCACAGACCUCACUUCAUCAAUCCAACUGCAUUCGAAAUCUCAAGAAGAGCUCGUUCUCCACAACUUGCCGCAGCAGCACCAUUCGCCAUGGCAUCAACCACAUCCGCCACGCAGAAGGUCUUGAGCAUCUGCGAACUCCUCGAGCUCGUGAUCUCCCAAGUACCGCCGCAACACAUCCGCAAGCUCAAACCAGUGUCGAAGCUGUGGUGCCACAUGAUCGAGGGCUCCCAAGCAAUCAAAAGAAGUCGGGUGCUGCACCCUGAGCGCUCAGAUGAGGAAGCCUGGGCGAACGAUGAUCUCGAGCGGUUCAAAGAUCAGGAGAGGCAGGAAUACGCAAUCUUGAUGGUUCAUAUCAGAUUAUGGGGCUGCCCGGCAGUGUCAUUUCAGCCCGAGCCUGAACUGCACGUCAAGCCAGUAUUUGAGGUGGUGAAGGACAUUUGCGGAGUCCAUAUUCUGCUGCCAGAUUCGUUGUCAGACAUGACCGCCGCAAAUCUGGAAGAGUACGUCACGGCGCCGCCCAUAAGUGCCAUUACUCUGGUCGCCGAGGAUUUGGACGGCCCAAGCCAUCUUUUGAGAGUCAAAAGCUACAACCAGGCAUCGGUCUUCCGGCAAGGUGGAGUCAACGUGAGAGAUCUUGUCGACGCCAAAGACGAUCUGCAGACAUCUCAGCAACGCCUGGACCUGGCGGAUCCGAUCUGGGGCGGGCGGGUUGUCGCACGCCUUUUUGUCAACUAG